CGGUAGACUCCUCCUCACCACUGUCUGAGAUGCACAUUAUGGAGUUCAAUGAAAAAAAUACGAUUUUAACGGCCUCACAGUUAAUAACAUAUAAUUUCUUAUUAAUUUAGUUUGAAAUUAUGACUAUUUUAAAUUCCAUUCAAAAAUGUAUUUGACGGCGAAUAAUAUUUAUGCCAUCAUGUGCAACGCUGAUUACCAUGCCCAAUGAAUACACUGUUCUGGUUCGAAUUGGUACCCAGGAAACGCGAUAUUGUAGCUAUUUUACUGAAUUAGCAACAUUCCAUUGAUAUUUGGUUGCUCAUCGUCACUAGCUUAUACAUAACCAUUCCCAGGUAGGCCUACAGUAGGGGAGGCUGUGUUCAUUGCUCUCAGCUGACUAAACAUUUUCACAACCCUACGCAGGAAAUUUGUGUGGGGAAUUCUUGCUAUUUUGCAUGACAUCAUCAUGCAAAUACAGCUUCCAGGUUGUAGGUGAAAUGCAGGCGAAGGUAUGCGCCAGGAGGACCUCUCUCAUCACUGAGAAUGGGCAGGCUUGUGGGGCAUCUGCGGACUCCCAGCUCCCAUUUAGGUGCCCUCGGUGUGGAGAGCGUGAGAGGUUCAAUAGCCUGGCCUCCUUGAGAGACCACCUGGAAUACAGCCACAGCUACUACCACACCAUGCACGAGCUGAGCCUCCCGACCCGCAGGGGGCACUCUCACCCAGAGAGAGUCCUGCAUGUGCGCUCCCUGAGUGACACACGAGAGGUCACUAGCUGCAUAGAGAGGUGUCGUACGCAUAGUGUGGGGACGCAGGCAGCGGAGGAGAUACAAACUGAAGAAGAGGCCCGUAAAGAUGAUUUAAAAUUCCACAAGUCCAGCCCUGGGACAGAUCAUAUCCCAUUUCCAUUUGACAACCCUCCAGACCCAGGCAGCAAGCCUGAGGCGGUGUCCCCAGAGUGGAGUGUCUGUGCUGGGGAGGUGUCGGUCAGGCGCAGGCUUGCCAAGGUCCUGCUGGCAGCAGACAGCACCAUGCAGAGGAGGCUGCACAGGGUCAGCACAGAGCUGGCCCAGACGGACACAGAGCUGCUGUGUGAGCGUGCCCACUCCCAGCACCUGGCCCAGGAGAGGCAGGAGGUUCAGGAGCGGGAGAGGGCGCUGAGCCACCAGGUGGACAUGGCCGUGAUGGUGAUCGCCACACUAAAGGAGCAGCUGAACGAGUCAGAGUACGAGCUGGAGAGGAGAGAACAAGAAGUCAUCACCAUUCAGAAUUUUCUGGAGGCUGCAGCCCAGCAUGAGAUAUGUGGUAAAGUUCGGAUCCAACGUUUCAUUGAGAACCUGCUCAAACGCAUCGCCUUGGCUGAGAGGCUACUGGAGUACUAUCAGAGCUCACCCAGUCCACCAACCUACACCGAUUACAUGCACCAGACAGCUGAAAAUGGACCUCAUAGAAUAACCAAAAGCAGGUCAGCAGGUUAUCAGCUGUCACAGUCCUGUCCCCAGGAGGGUAGAACGCACCCCUCCCAGUUAGGACGGGCGUUCCCCAAAGGCCCUAAUGAGAGAGUGGGUAACUCUGGCUACUUCAGACCUGACCGCAGGGAUGAAGCCUGGACCCAGCGCCGCAGAUCAGCUGGAUUUGAGGACUAGGUAACCUGACCAGGGCCCGACAAAUGAAUGUAUAUAUGAUAAGUAUUUACUGAAUGUAUAGAUAAUACUGAGCAGGGGAUGCUUUGGCCAUGUGUACGCUAGUUUUUGCUCCAUUCUGUCCUAGAGGUUGCUACUGUCCUAGUUUCAAUUUUGGAAGUACUGUAGUAACUUGAUGGAUAGGUAUUUCUGACCCUCAUUGGUGUUUUAAUUACUAUUAAAUCAUAUUAUUGAUGGGUGUAGAUCUAAUAAAAUACAGAAUUGUAUACAAAAAAAACUAGAUGGUGGAAUUGUUAAAUGCCCACUCCAGUAGAAAUCCACUUUUGAGGUGAAAGAUGGCCAGAGCUUACCCAAGAUGUUGCACAACAAGUUAAGUCAAUAAGUCAUCAUAUUAGUCAAAGUACAAUAUAUUUGGGCUUUAAGUGACACAUCCAAACGUCCCACUUCUUGCAAAUCUUUGUGAAUGUGGUAUCUCUUCCUGUGAUAUGACAUACAAAUUAUUUUCAGCCUAUGUUUCAGGGCUGGGUUUUAUUUGAAUGUUACCACCCACUAGCAUGGCAUUGUUUAGAGCUUUGGCCAGAACCAAAAGGUCGCUGGUUCGAAUACCCGAGCCGGCCAGGUGAAAAACCUGCCUGUGCCCUUGAACAAGGCACUUAACCCUAAUUUGCUCCAGGGGCACCGUACUACUAUGACUGACCCUGUAAAACAACACAUUUCACUGCACAUUUCACUUUUUAGCUAGUCUGCAUUUAAAAUUGGACCAUUUUAUAAAUGGUAUAAUUGCGUGAUAUAAUAGCAUAAUAAACCACAAUUACUAUCCAGAUAAUGAAAAGGCACCCGCAAAAUAAAAUUAAAGGAAUUUAUAGUUUCAUGUCAUUGUAGCCUAUCACUUCACUUUAUGAGCAUGGGCUGACAUGGCUUUGCUGUACUGAAGCCUGCUAGCAGCCUAAAGUUCCUACUAAAGGUUGCACCGUGUCUAUUACAAUGUAGAAAAACGCAUAUCGGCUAUCUUUCUAUAUUUAUACAUAUUAGCAGUGCUUCGUCUUAUUCUUUCUAACUAUUUCUAUCGCGGAUUCGCGGACGCAAAUUAUGGAAGAUGCCAAAACUUUGGAGAUAACAAUAGAUGGUGAAGUCAAAAAUAGGCCAGUGGUUUCCGUCUAUGGCAAAGUUUUCCAUAAAUCAUUGCUUAUGACAAAUCCAGGUCCAGAACCAGCCAUAGAGCCAGCUGGCUAAUCUUUUGAAUAGUUUAAAAAAUAGUUAAUAGUUUAAAAAAAGUCUAUAAAUAUUUUGUCAUUCUUUGGAGGAACCUAAUAUGUAUUUCCUUUCUAGGACAGGGGAUUACGUCGAUAUAGUGGCGGCAACUUCCUUUGGGGGGAGGGGGGGGGGGGGUCCUUUAAACUCAAGGUCAAAUGCAGACAUUUAUCUCAAUAUCAAAUCAUCUAUCAGUAACGAUUAAGUAUGUCAAUGUGACUGUUUUCAAUUAAAAUGGUAAAAAAAACUAACAAAUUGCUUCUGAGCAAAAAGCCAUUUUAUAAGUAAGACUUUUGCUAAAACUGUCUGGUCUGAGUGAAGGACCUAAUGGGAUAAUGGGAGAAGCCGAAUGGAAGGGAUAUGUAACCUGAAAACUAGAUGUUAUUGUCAGAGAGGUUUGAAACGCUUUGUUAUCGGUCUAUUAACUUAUACCGCCUGGUAGGCCAAACUCCACCCAUGCAAAACGAGCUGAAAGUUCAUGUGACCUUUUCAAACAGCUCUUUCAUAAUUUUCACAGUAUUAUUCCAACCUUGUAGUGUGUGUGUGUGUGUGUGAAAGAUAUACUAACUUCCUCUGGGGGGGGGACUGGCUCUAACCAGAAUGGAAA